UCCUUCCUAUCGGAGUAGCGUCCUUUUUUGGAAGAGGAAAAAUAUAACCAAACUUUUUCUCCUUCCUCACCAACUCUCUGCGUGCCUGAAUCUCAAUCUCUCAGGUACCACCUGUCUACCUUCCCUCACCAUGGCUACCGUUUCCAAGCUCUCCAAUCCCAACCCUGCCUCCACUCUAUCAUCGUCCUUCAACUCCCGAUCUUCUUCUUCUUCUUCUUCCCCUAAAUGCUUCAUCUAUCUCCGUGCGGUCAAUGGUUUCAACGCUAGGUUGAGGUCCUCCCAGCUGUCUCUACGGAGCACACGUCCUUUCGCAGCCUCCUUGGUUGUCAGGUGUUCUCAGUCUGAGGGAAAUGGAAGUACUGUAAAGAGAACAGUUCUUCAUGAUCUAUAUGAGCGCGAAGGGCAGAGUCCAUGGUAUGAUAACCUCUGCCGCCCUGUAACUGAUUUGCUUCCACUGAUUGCAAGUGGUGUAAGAGGUGUAACCAGCAACCCUGCGAUUUUCCAGAAAGCAAUAUCAUCUUCGAAUGCUUAUAAUGAUCAAUUCAGGGAACUCGUACAGUCAGGAAAAGACAUUGAAAGUGCAUAUUGGGAACUUGUGGUGAAGGAUAUCCAAGAUGCAUGCAAACUUUUUGAGCCAAUUUAUGAUCAAACAGAUGGUGGCGAUGGCUAUGUUUCUGUUGAAGUUUCUCCGAGACUUGCUGAUGAUACCCAGGGGACUGUUGAGGCAGCAAAAUAUCUUCACCAAGUGGUAGAUCGCCGUAAUGUGUACAUCAAGAUUCCUGCUACUGCUGCAUGUGUCCCUUCAAUCAAGGAAGUUAUUUCAAGGGGCAUUAGCGUCAAUGUCACUUUAAUAUUCUCCCUUGCAAGAUACGAAGCUGUUAUUGAUGCAUAUUUGGAUGGCCUUGAGGCCUCUGGGCUUGAUAACCUCUCAAAGGUUACAAGUGUUGCUUCCUUUUUUGUCAGUAGGGUAGAUACCCUGAUUGACAAGAUGCUAGAAAAGAUUGGUACUCCUGAAGCUCUUGAUCUCCGUGGAAAGGCUGCAGUUGCUCAAGCAGCACUGGCAUACAAACUCUACCAGAAGAAGUUCUCGGGUCCAAGAUGGGAGGCAUUAGUGAAAAAGGGUGCCAAGAAGCAGAGGCUGCUGUGGGCAUCAACCAGCGUGAAGAAUCCUGCCUACCCUGAUACUUUAUAUGUAGCUCCUCUCAUUGGACCAGACACGGUUUCAACCAUGCCAGAUCAAGCUCUCCGAGCAUUUAUUGACCAUGGUACUGUUUCAAGGACAAUUGACUCAAAUGUAUCUGAAGCUGAAGGCAUCUACAGUGCCCUUGAGAAGCUGGGGAUUGAUUGGAAUGAGGUUGGGUCACAGCUGGAGCUGGAAGGAGUUGAAUCUUUCAAGAAGAGUUUUGAUAGCCUGCUGGAUACCUUGCAAGAGAAGGCCAACUCUCUUAAACUAGUUAGCUUGUAAGUGAUAUGGUUAAUUUAUGUUGAAACAGAAGUUGUUGUUUUGAAGUAAUAAAGUGAGGGUUUUAAAUCCUGCUGUGCUUUUUUCUUUUUUCUUUUUUUAGAGAGCUUUUUAAAGACGAAAACUGGUUUAUGUAUCAUAUAUCUCUGUUACUUAAUUGCUCUGUCUUGUUGGCAUGAUGUAAGUAAUGGAGGCGAGUAUGUUGGACUACUUGAAUCAUUCUCGCAGCGCCUUUGGAAAUAGACUGAAGUUUGGAGUGUUUUCAUUCAA